AACAAAUGCAACAGCUUCUUUUGCGAAACGACGAGGCUACAACCUGGUGGACCUUUGCCUGUCCCAUCUACUAGUAUAUCGCUUGAUAAUAGAUACCGCCUCGACCUCCCACAGUGUCUACUAUCUCGUAGUACCUUCUAUGAAAGGAUUGUAAGGGAAACAAGAAUAUCCUUAUCCAAACUCUUCGUAACUUUGAUUUUAUCCGUUCUGAAACUCAGUAAAUGUUCUUCAAGAUGACGAAAAUCUACUACAUGAAUCUCGGCUACUUCGCGAAGAUGACAGCAUCAUUCAUCAUCAUCGCUUCCUCUUUGCUGCUAGUCAACGGCGUCAAAACGCCGAACCACCCACCGAACUUGCCGGAUGAACAGACGACCGCGGGCGCAACCCGAGUGCAGCAUCAUGGCAGGAACAAGCCCGCCGGAGCUGGUCGUGUAAAAACGACUUCGUUAGGAGCCGCAUCGAGUUUUUUGACGAAAAACGGAAAGAAGAAAAACGCGCGGAGGGAGAGAAAAAAUGCUGCAAGGAAGAUGAGUUUUCUCUCCGAAACGACGAAGUCGGCUACAGUACCCCUGGCAGGGGUAUUUCCCUCGCUAAGUCAACCUCCGACUCACGGCACUCAUCCUGUUACUUCCGGGACGAACGCCUUAAAUGAUCUCAUACACAACAUCAACUUGCAGGGGGAACUGGAAGAAAAGUCGGAACCACCUCCGGUGCUUUCACCCCCUUCUCAAGAAUUUGCAGCCCAGUGGCCCUCGAUUAGGUUUCAUCCUAACUAUUGGGAUAGCAAGCGGAACGGUUGCGUUCGUUUCCUUCGCUCGUUCCAGAUGUCCUGUUGUGAAAAUGGCGUUCGUCAGGACAGUCGUUGUAACGACCAGCAGAUGAGCGAGGGGGAGCAAAAAGUAGAGGCGAACAACUGCGCAUCGGAAGCGGCGGACCACGUUGUCCACGGUUUGCCGUUUCUCUCCUGCCCCCAAAGAGCUGCCGACGACGACGGACGGGCCGAGGCCGAGACCGAGACCGACUCGGCGGUUGGCGCGUGCAUGAGCCGAGUGACGCCGUAUCGGGUGGAAUGUUGCGACAUGGUCACCAACGAGGAUACUUGCAGCGCUCAACAGAAGGCACAGCUGGUGCCCUCUCCCGCGUGCGAUCAAACGGUGGCAUCAUUUGGCGGGUUCUUGUGCGGUCGACCGGAUGUGGUUGAAAAUCAUGGUGGGUCGGAGGGUACUCCUCCUGUAAGCAGCGAGGAGCCACAGGUGGGAACAAGCGGCCCGGUUGAGCUUGGGGCGGGGGCUGGCGCUGGCGCUGGCGCUAGCACCGGCCACGCCGGUGGUGCAGGGGGCGCGAGCGCAGACCUGGCCGCUGAUGCAGAAGGCGCUGUUGAAGACGCGAAAGCGGCGGCACCUCCGCCUCAGGCGGAGGUGGAGGUGGACGGCGCAAAAGCUGCAGCCGCGGAAGCAGCCAAAAACGCGGCCGAAGCCGCGAAAGAACAGGCGGAAGAUGAGCAGGCCGCGAAAAAUGCACAGGAUGAAGAAGCGAGUGAUCCGGAUUAUGCCGGUGCAGGAGGUCAACUUGGCACGACCGAGCCUUUCGCGGCCCCCAUGGUAACCAGCGCGGAAGCUGCCGUUGCUGCGGAAGGCAAAGCGAAAGCCGCGGAAGACGAAGGCGACGAGCCGACAUGCCUCUUCUGUGGCGUACCGAUGCCGUGCUAA